ACAAACAAACCGUGUUUUUGAACGGAGUGUGCGGACGUGCGGGAAGUGGAUGGACUAUUUUCUGUAUAUUAACCCCCUGCUUGUGUGUUUCCUCUUGCCCUGUGUUGAGGUAAAGGAGCACAUGUGGUAGUGAGAGGACAGGUGACCCAAUAGAAAGGAAGACAGGACUGAUAAAGUGACAGUGAAGACUCAAGAUGGAGACCACAAUAGAGGAGAUCAAAGAGGUGGUGCAUGGUGCAGCAACACAGCUUGACUCCAUUUGGUCAGAGUGUGGCUUCAGUGAGGAAAUGUGCCGCCACAGACGCCACAAAAUGGUGGACCAUGUCAAGGCAUUGAUGUCACAGAUGAUAGAUGGAGAGAAGAACCUUAGGAAGACCCUUGUCAAGAGUAUUGAUGAUAAUGGAUUAAAGUUCUACCAACUCAACAAGCAAUUGGGAGCUGGCAUACCUGACCCAGAGGAACACCUGUCCCUGAUAGAGCUUGAGCGGUAUCUGCGGAGGGCUGUGGUGGAGAUGGAAAAAGAGGUGAAGGAGCGCCACAGUGCACUGGAGGAGCUGAGGAGUCAAGAACAAGAACUGUGUGAGUGUUUGAGAGAGGAGCUCAGUGACUUUGAGAAAAAGGCAGUUCCUUCUAAGGAAUCCAUCAAGGACUUGGAGAGAAUUGUAAAAACUCUAGAACAAGAAAAGGUGGACAGAGUGAAGACCUUUCAUCGUUUGAAGGACAACUUGGAAAGGCUUCUAAAAGAACUGGAGCAGUCACCAGUAAGCUCCUUUGAGUGCUCAGUGGUGGCUGGACUUGAGGAUCUGUUUGUUCUCUCCACAGAGAACCUAAGGCGCCUCAAAAUGCUGAAUGAAGAGUACGAAAAGAGGGUGGAGGACAACAAAUGUGAAAGUGUGGAGCUGCAGGAGAAGAUCAGACUGUUGUCAGACCGGCUUGGCCAUGAUCCUGGUGGGAGGGACCAGUUGCUUGCCUCUAUGACUGGCCACGCUCCAUCCUCUCUCUGUAAGUUACGAGAACAACUGGCAUUGCUUGAAGAAGCGAAGAAAGAGAAUAUGGGGCACUUCAUCUCUCAACUAAGGCAGGAACUGGAAGAGAUGUGGGAGAAGUGCUAUGUGGGGGAGGAGGAGAAAGAGGAAUUCACUCCUUAUGUAUCAGAUGAAUGCACUGAAGAAGUUUUGGAGGCACACAAUGUUGAGGUGGAAAGACUGAAGAAAUUUCACAGUGAAAAUCAGAAGUUAUAUGCUGUACUGGAUCACUGGCAUCAGUUGUGGGGCAAACACCUUAACCUGGAGGAACAGUCUAACAACCCAGAUAGGCUGUUUGGGAACCGGGGUUGUGCUUUGCUGCAAGAGGAGAAGGAGAGGAGGAGAGUAAGGGGUGAACUGCCUCGUGUUGAGAAGGAGUUAGAAGAUUUGGCUGAAGUCUAUAAGGAGAAGAGUGGCCAGCCAUUCCUGAUAAAGGGACAGACAGUGAGCGACUACAUCCUUGAUCACUGGCAUCGCUACCAUGACCAGAGGAAACAGGAGAAGAAAGAGCGGCAAACGGCACGCACCAAAGAGCUGCUACAUGAGACCAGGCUGGGUAGCAGGCCUCGCACUGUGAGCUACAAACGUCAUGUGGCAGCUGAGGAAUCCGGCAGGAAGACCAAACAGAGGCGUUUACAAGAGAACAACUCUCCAGAACCCUCUUUAUUAACCACCAUCUCAACAACUCCACAAAGUAUAGGAGGCCGAGGCAUUCUACGUGACCGCAACCAGAGAACACUGCGAUCAGUUCCUGCUGAGAAGGACAAGACCCAUGGCUCUUCACAGGAGAUUUCUACAUAUUCGAAUUUCUCUAACACCAUUCACCUGCGCAGCAAACGUGAAAACGUCCGUAGCUCUGCUGUCUUUGGGAUGAGCCAGACUCCCGGGCCAACCUCCAAGCGCACCUCGCCCCGCAGGCCUCCACAGGGUCUCCCUAGGACUCCCAAGACCUUGCCACGCAUUGCCACACGUCGCUCUCCCCGUCUCAACACUUCCAGGACACGGCGCAACACAGGGAGAAACAUAUCCACAGCCUCCCCAGGUCUAUCUGCAGCCUUUAAAUCCCCAUACAGGUCAUCACACAAACUGGCCUCCAACAUGACAGCCACAGCCACACCCACACGCUGGAGCAAGGUCAGCUUCCUCAUCUAAGCUAGUGUUGUUCCCAAAAGUUUUAAAGUGAGGAACUUAUUUCCCAAGGUCUGGAAGGCAAAAUCUGACUCAUUAUCAACAUAAAAGUCCUCUUCUUUGUAUUUUGUAAUCUGAACAUGUGCUUUGUUUGCAUACAAAUUGGAUGCACAUAUAAUAAUUUUGCUUUAGUUGAAAUGCUUGCCUUUUUUCCAUUCAUCUGAUUGUAAAUUGAGAUGAAAUUAAUGAGUUGUCAUGUUCAUGGUUUCAGUGAUAACUCAUAUCCAAAGAUAAAAUUUUCCUGUUUUUAGCUCAUCAGUUGGAUUGGAAUUUUAGUUUUUCCCAGUGUUCAUGAAUGAUCUCAUAAGCCAGUAGACUUUCAUUAUACAGCUUCAAGAUAUUUUUUGUUCUUUUUGUGCUUUUUUUUUUAUGCCAUGUUGAAUUUUCAAGAAAGGUAAGUUUUAUAGAAAAUAUGUAAUAAUAAAAUGUAAUGUAUAACAGGAUCUUAAAAUGAGAAGAUAGAGGAAGAAGGAAAUGACUUAGGAUCAAGGAAUGCCUUUAUGGAAUUGUCUGUCUGCAUCUGUUUACCAGUCUGACAUCCCCUUAAAUGGGAUUAACUGGAUAAGACAUCACAUACUGCUUUAUUUUAGAAACAAGAAGGUAGAGGAGGAAGUCCCUAGUUGCCUGUUUGUAUCCCUUUUAGUUACCUUUUACAGUAUGAUGGUGGUAUUCUUCCAACCCGGCCAGUGUGCAGUCAGGCUCUUUGUAUUACAGUAUUGUUGGGAAUCUCUGUCAUGGUAACCAGAUUUCUCCCCAAAGUUCUGAGUGAGAAAAUGUCCACAAAUAUGUAAUAGAUGUUUACAAUACAGUUUUCUGUUUUCUUUAAGUAUAUGUACACAUGCUGCAAAAAGACUAGAUCUUAUAUUGUAUCAGCAUGAGAAAAUAGUCUCCAGUCAUUUUGCUUUACCACCAUAUGGAGAAAUAUUUUGGGUGUUGUUUGGCUUUCACUCCAGACAGUUUUUAUUUUUUGUGUUCCUUUCAUUCUUAAUCCACAUGUCACAUAUUCAUACUUUAUCAUUCUCCAGCUUGAUUCCAACUUAACCUCAUAACCAUUGCUUCACUUUCAGCUGCACCUUUCACUUUCAUCCCAAUAUGUCCUGAUGUAUCUUACCUUUGUACAUGAUCACUAUCUAGGGCAUAUUGCUGUAUCGUUAUAACCAUUCUGACAUGAAUAUUUUCUUUUCUCUCCCGCCACAUCCUUCAUAAUCUGUGCUGCUAUUUAUAUUUUAUAAUCAUUUACUAAUACCACCUGACUUAGUAAUAAUUAGUAUUAUGUUGCUUCUUUAAGAUAGAUAUUUUUCAAUUUAAUCAGAUACUGGUUGCAUAUUGUUGAAUAAUUUGAUCUUGUAUAGAUGGUGUAGUUAAGUUUCUCAGGUCGGAUAAUGUAUAUAUGUGUAUAUUUCCUCUUGCAAUAUUAGGUUGAUUCUUUUUUCGUAGUGUAUAAUGUUUUCAUGCUCCCACCACUAAAUUUCUACUGGUUAAUUGAGUUUGUAAAGCUUGCUGUCACCUUAUGCUGGUAGGGAACUGGAUAUAACAAAUUUAUUAGCAUAAUAUAUUAAUCAUGUACAGUUCAAUUAAGUCUAGAGGUUACAUUAUGAGGGAAUGCUUGUAAAUAUAUGAGUGUGUAUGUGGACACCUUGUGUCGGUAUCCCCUUCUGCAGGGCUGUCCCGGUGUGGUAGAUACACAGUUUUCUUUUGAUCUCUGUUAGGGACUACUCACAGACAUACCUGUGUAUCAGUUUUGCAACCUGUAGUUGAUGUUCUGCUCCAGUCCAGUUUAUUUUCUGUAGAUCAACUUUUAGUUGACAUGAGCUUUAAAUAUUUUUUGCAUUACAUACAAGUAGUAGCAUCAUAAUCAUUAUUUUAUAGUUUUUAGGAAUAUAUUGUUUUCUGCAUUAAUAGAGUAUGAUUUCUGUAACAUGUUAUUAAUUUGUUGGCUUGAUUAGGCUAAUAGUACAAUUAUGUAAGAGCAUUAAUGCUAGGCUAACUUUUCACUGACUGAUUGUGGAGCAUAUGAGUGUGUGCUGUGAGGUACUUAUUUUAAGAAUGCCUCUAAAUAUAUGAAAAUUGCAUAAUUUUAUACCUCUUAUAAUCUUUUUUAUAUAUAUUGGAUUAAAUAUUGUUUUCUAAUGA